ACACAAUCAAGUAUUGAGGAGCGUUUAUACCAGGACACUAACCACCAAUCCUCUGUGAUGGUACACCACAGAGAUGGCACAGUGCAAGUCGAAGGGAUCCUCAACAGCCACCUGAGAAUUAAGCCUCUACCAGAAGGUGAACGUUCCCUGGAAGGUCAAAUACUGCAUAAAAUAUAUGAAGUACAAGAGACAAAAGAGAAUUUCAAAGAUUCAGAGAAGCACAGACGCCAGUACCAGCGAACUCUGCAAAAAUUAUUAUUACAUUGCUUGCGUCCAAUCGUUUUUUUGUUUUUUUUAGCUUACAUGAACAAAAAGAAAAGAACCCCCUUUGACAAGUUUGUUUUAGAGGUUCACGUACUGUCCGACCAGGCUCAUAAUAAAGAUUUCAACAACAACGAAGAGCUAAUCUCUUACUUGGCAAUCAUGGGCAACGCUGUGAACCUAAGGUACCUAGAUAUGAAGGAUCCAGCAAUAAGAAUGAGGCUUGUCGGAAUAACCAGAAGUAAGCAUGAAUCUUUCGCUGUACACAAUCAAAAAACUCUGGACGCUGACAAGACAUUGGAUUCACUCGUGGAGUACUACAGGAAAGGAAACAUACCUGGAAAUCCUGACGUCUUGUACUAUAUAACAGGCCAAGACCUCUCCGGCGUUGAAGACGGAAAGCUGGACACAACUUUCACAGGACUGGCAUACACUGGCAGACUGUGCACAACGCAGGGUGUUCGCCGAAGGCGAAGAUAUCGCUACGUCUUACUCUGGAACCCGCACAAUGGCUCACGAGCUAGCUCACACGAUGGGAGCAUCGCACGACAAGACUCCACGAUGCCCGUGGGAAGAGGGCUAUCUGAUGAGUUAUGCGGAUGGAGGAACGAAAAAAUACACUCUGUCUCCAUGCAGUCGAGACAGUAUAAGAAAUACCUUGCGAAACAUUCCUCGUAGAUGCCAAAUCAUACUCUCGAGAAUGAACUACAUGGCUCAAUACAGGAGAUAUCCAGGACAAAAAAUUGAUGACAGCUAUUACUGCCGGACGAUAAUGGGACAACGCAACAAGGACGCAAAAAUCAUAGCUAAGAAGAGCCCUGAAUUAAGUAUGAAAUGUAAAAUGGAAUGCUGCACCAAAAUUAACGGAAAAGUAAACUGCAUGGUCGUAGAUAUUCUGGAAGGCAUGCCGUGUUCCUCUGGAAAGACAUGUAGAAGAGGAGUGUGUGCGAACCACAAAUGGCUGUAUUAAAGAAAAAUCUCUAAGUUUAUAUAUUUCCUUAAGCAUGGAGUCAAAAUUUUGGCCAAAUUGACCUUGAACACGGCAAUAACAAUGAAAGUACAAGAGCUUACAUUUAUUUUACUAUGAAAUAAAGAAUUUAUUGUCUUAAA